AUUACUGGCUUUAAACUGUCCAUGUCUCAAGCUGUGCAGACCAACGGAACGCAGCCCUUAAGCAAAACUUGGGAGCUCAGUUUGUAUGAGUUGCAGAGAACGCCUCAGGAAGCAAUCACUGAUGGCUUGGAGAUAGUGGUGUCACCCAGGAGCCUGCACAGUGAACUGAUGUGUCCCAUUUGUUUGGAUAUGUUAAAAAACACCAUGACAACAAAAGAGUGUUUGCAUCGUUUCUGUGCUGACUGUAUCAUUACAGCCCUCAGGAGCGGCAACAAAGAAUGUCCCACUUGUCGUAAGAAGCUAGUGUCAAAACGAUCACUGAGACCAGAUCCCAAUUUUGAUGCUCUCAUCAGUAAAAUUUAUCCAAGCCGUGAUGAAUAUGAAGCUCAUCAGGAGAGAGUGCUAGCAAGAAUCAGCAAACACAAUAACCAGCAAGCUUUAAGUCACAGCAUUGAGGAAGGAUUAAAGAUUCAGGCUAUGAACAGGUUACAGAGGGGCAAGAAACAGCAGAUUGAGAAUGGCAGUGGAGCAGAAGAUAAUGGUGACAGUUCACACUGCAGCAAUGCCUCAACGCACAGCAAUCAGGAAGCAGGGCCUAGUAAUAAGAGGACCAAAACAUCAGAUGAUUCUGGGCUAGAACUGGACAAUAACAACACAACUGUGGCCAUAGACCCUGUAAUGGAUGGUGCUAGUGAAAUAGAAUUAGUCUUCAGGCCUCAUCCUACCCUCAUGGAGAAUGAUGACAGCGCACAGACGAGAUACAUCAAGACCUCAGGCAAUGCCACCGUUGAUCACCUGUCCAAGUACCUAGCUGUGAGAUUGGCUCUGGAAGAGCUUCGUAGCAAGGGAGAGUCAAACCAGAUGAACCUUGACACAGCCAGUGAGAAGCAGUAUACCAUUUACAUAGCUACUGCCAAUGGGCAGUUCACUGUUUUAAAUGGGUCAUUCUCCUUGGAACUGGUCAGUGAGAAGUACUGGAAAGUGAACAAACCCAUGGAACUGUACUAUGCACCAACAAAGGAACAUAAAUAAGCUGUGCUGGAAAACUGAGAUGGGACUGUUUUUAUAGUUGACUUCUUCAAUAUUAAGAGCAGGCACCACCAUUAUCUUCAUGGACAGUACAUGCGAUGCCUUCAGGCUCUCUCAGUAUACUUAUUAAUAUGAUUACACAGUAUUCUUGGUUUUAUUUAAUUUAGACUUUUUUUUCUCUAAGAGACUAAAUGACCUUCUCCAGUGCAUUCCAGUGUUUGACAUGCUUUUUUGUUCCCAAUGCAUGAUAACUGAACGAGUGUUCCAGUUUGGAAUGUCUUAAUUUUGUCCAGGUAAAUCUGGAUUUCUAAUACAUUUGACACAGUUACAGUAGCCUCUGUGAAGUAUUGAGCAUUGGAUGGCUAAGUAAGUCUAUUCAAUAGUAACAUAUGCCAAGGAAUGUGUUAAAUGUUGUAAUUUGCUAAUGGUUAUCCAUAUAAAAGGUGGUAGAGAAUUGAUUUCUGAUGGUCUUGCAGCUAGAGAUGAUCAGAUUCCUGAGGAAAGACUUGUUAUUCAGACAAUUUCUUGUGAUCAAAUACAGCUAUAGUGAGAAAACUGACACUUUAAAACCUUGUUGUUUACUGGGCUUCAUUGCCAGGUGAUUUGUGAGAUGGAUCUGCUUUCUAACAAAUAAUUCAAACAAAACCAGAAAAAGCAGACCCGGAGUCCUUUCCUGUGUAGAACAUCCCAGUCUUGAUUCAUGCUGCAGUUUCCCAUCUUAAGCUUCCCAAGCUUAAUUAAAUGAAAUCUUGUGGAAGUUUUACAGCCCUACUGUUCCCUGUUACAACAGAUUUUUAUUGUGAAUGUAUCAGUCUUCUGUAAAGAACUGUCUUGAAAACUUCUUUUGAACAUAAAUCCUCUAAAUUCCAGCACACUGACAAAAUGCACCAUUAAAAUACUUUUGCUUUAUAGAAUUCUUGCCACCCCAGCUGUGAGCUUAUCUAGGCUUCAGUUUGAGUAGGGAGGACUUCAACCGUAAGCUGCUCUAAGAUUACUUUUUUUUUUUUUUUUUCGCCAUAGCUUUAACAAAUGUGGCAUAGCACUUUGGAAGAAAAUUUUAGUACUUGACGAAGUUUACCGUUUAGUGUCUUAAAUUUAGGUUCAAGUUGUAAGACUUGGCAGUAGGCUGUUGUGUGAAGUCCAGUAGCCGCUGUUCAUGUGCAUGUUAAGCUCCUCUUCCCUGGCACUGGACCUUGCUGUCACUUCAUGGGGGCUGCUGUACCUAUUAGCAUCCCGUCUGAGGGGAAGUGCGUUACCGCGAGAUUCCCAUUGCUCUAAGACUUGCUGAUGAAGCCUUCAUGCGCUUGCAUCUGAAGCUAGAGGCAAAAGAGUUGCUGUAAUAGGUGAGAAGCAAUAUACCUGAACCCAUGUGGACUCCUUUGUCUUGUGUGUAGUUAGACUGAGGUUUUGGUAUGUGGUAUGUAAGUAUCCAACUGCUCGGGGACUUUCAGGAAGGAAUUACCCUUCCAUUCCUUCUGUCUUUGAAGCUUAGCACUUGUAAAUAUGUGUCUGUUCUGACUGCUGUCAUAGUUCAGCUUUAUCCCCAUGUGAAUACUACACAGGCUUCUUUGAAUAAUUAUUUUCUCUGACUGGAAACACCUGUUUCUUCAUGACAAUGAAGCUGAAGUUUUCAGGCCCCAGAUCACAGGGGGUUAGUUUUUAAAUACUUUACUCAUUCCUUUCUGGUGAAGUGUUGCAUUGUAUAGACUAUUAGUGCAUGACCACUGAAUAUAAUCCGGGGGGCUGGGGGUGUUGUGAUUGUAAAUGCUUUAAAACUUACGGGGAAACGUCUAGCUUAGUUGCAGCAUACCUGCCCAUUGUGAUAGCUGAGGUAAUGUCCAGUCCCUUAAGCAAGAGAGGUGUUCGUGAAGCUGAGCAGUCUGUUUAGGAACCGUCUGUCACUUUGUCCCCAGUUCUUAAAAAAGUGUGGGGGAAUGUGAAGCUUUUAUUUUUCAUGUUCAUGUUGUAGUGAAUUUACUGAAUAUUUAUGUUCUUUAAAUAUUAUAUAUAAUGUAGUUGUUUGAUUAAACCAUUGAUUGCACUGUGACUCAUUAGUGCUAUAAACUAUUUUAUUUUCACAAUGACUUUACUAUUCCAUCUUUUUAAGCCAUGUUACUGUAAGUACAUGAUGCGUGUUAAGUACGGGUAAGCUCUGGUAUCCAACUACAGUCACGCUGAAAUUCUUCUUAUAAAUUAACAAUAAAAGCAAAAGUUAUAAAUGAA